GGAUCAUUCACUAAUAAUCCGACUAAGUCUGACUAUCUUUCGGAAAAGCCCGAUCAGUGUGCCGCUGGCUAGUGGGCUGUCAACUCUGUUCGUCGAAGUUUUCUGGAUUUGUGAUUUUAGUAUUUCCACAAAUUGUAAUAAGGAUUUAUUCGUCUUAACUCUCACUUUACGGCUAGAUAAAAUCUACUAAAAUGACACGGGAACCAGCUCCUAUAGAUUUGUAUAAACAAAUAAGCCAUUCGACUAGUGUGAAGAUGGAAUCCGAUGUGGAUAAUCCCGUCGAUCUAACCUGCAAAAAAUUGCUAUCGCCUAGCUCUCCAGCAUCUACCUCCAGCGAUAGCGAACAAGAAAGCUGUUGUACACUAUCGUUUCGUAGUACUUCACAUCUGGAACAUUACGAGAAGUCAAAUAAUGUUGACGCCAAAAGUCGAAAUUGCUAUCAUAACUGCAGGAAAAAUGAUAAGAGAGAUGACGAAAAAGUUCGGCAAAACAAAACUGACCCUUACCCACAUCUUCACGAAUCGAAAAACUUCAUCAACACUAAUCACGAAAGGAAAAAUCUAUAUGAGAAUGUUUCUCACAUGCCGAUUCGACAAUCCGAUACCAGCUCGACAAAGAAAAAUAAUUUUCAGCCGAUUCCCGAAAAAGCGAGUACCAUCGUCAGUGAAGGUUUGGACAAUCCAUACCCUAUCAUACCACUUAGUUUAGGACUGCCAAUGGUGGUAGCUUCAAUGAACAUGCCACCCACUAUUCCGAAUUUAACGACAUCACCCAGUUCCACUGAGUCUUUCACAAUGGAAGAGUCAGUGAAAACGCACGCUCCAAUGGAGGAUACUAAAAAAGCUCCAAGGCCGUUCAAAGCAUAUCCGAAAGAUCCACUGUCUAUUUCACUUGUUUCUGAUGUGAUGUUUGACCCAGAUCAAAAGCAAGCCUAUUAUGAUUUUCGCAACAGAAUGUUGGAAUCAGUAAAGAGAACGAACGAAGGUACGAACAUCAAAAUGCGUAGGGUAAGCAAAAACCCAAUGUCACCUACUGACUCACUUGAGGAUAUUGAUACUAAGAACGCCAUGUAUAUGGAGCGAAGGAGAAAGAACAACGAAGCCGCUAAAAGGUCUAGAGAUGCAAGGCGAGCGAAAGAAGAUGAAAUUGCCAUCAGGGCUGCUUUUCUCGAAAAAGAGCUUCUCAGGCUGAAAUAUGAAAAUGCACUGUUGAAAGAGGAAAAUAGUAAACUUAGCAAAUUAGCUUAUGGUUCCUAGGUUUGUAUUAUUUUUUAGAAAAUUUAUAUUGUUGAUUAUUUCAAGUUUUAAAGUGCUGUUAAAGAAAACAUAACAGUAUCAUUUGUAAAUAAUAAUUGAAUUGUACAUAUUUUUCGUAAUCGUAAGACGAAUUGAUGGUCAUAAGACGAAAUCAUCAUAAAAUGAAAUCUCGCUUACAUGUAAUCAUAUAGAAUUAUUUAUAUACCUCAGCCGAGACAAGCGCGAGGACGACCGAAGAAAAUGUUUACAGUGCGGGGUAAUAUAAGGCCAGCCUAGACUGGAAAUCAAAUAUAAGAGUUUAUGAUACACAAGUACAAUUGAACGAAUGUGUUCAAAUCUUCAAAUAAAGUAGCUUCUUUAGAUGAACUACUUCAAAUUGAUAUUCUCAAAAUAUUAGUUGAUGCGUUUGAAAUAGCACUAGUCAAUUGUUCAAUAGGCUCUUCGGUUUUCUCAAUUUUACAGUUUCUCGCUAAUAAAGUUAUCUAAACUUGGAGCUUUAGUCGUAUUUCUUUCAUUAGAUAUUUAAGAUUUUGGUAAAAAAUUAAUUUUUUUUGUUUUUCUUAGCGAAAACUGUUUGAGCAGCAGACUUUUUUUUAGGAAAUGUUUGUUUGCUAGUAAAAAGCAGAAGGUGUGGAUGUGACAUACCUUCUGUUUCUUUAUUAUAUAUAUAUAUAUACAUAAAGUUUAAGAUAAUGUAUUUUUAAAUUCAAUAGAAUUUAAAUAGCCGAAUGAUAUUGUAUUAUACUAGGACAUUGUAUAAAAAAUCGAUAUUUAUACGUUAACAAUCAAAUGCAGCUGUGAGAAUAAUUCUGUUGCCUAUUAUAGAUAUUGAAUGGUUUUAGGAGUGAGGCGAUGAAAUUGUAGCGCGCAAUGUAUGGAAUGAUAACAGUUAUUAGCGAUUGGUGUUUAUGUUAAUAUUGUUAGAGUUACAUCUCUAUUGUUGUUUAAUGUAAAACAGUUUUUGAUACGUGCGUUUAUAUAUAAUAGUCAAUGAAUUCUUGGAUCAAGCACCCCACAGAAAUAUGAAAGGCGAGCAGAUUAAUCGCUAAUUAUAAACAGAAUGUGCUAGCAUUAAUCGAACCUAUUUUUGCACGCUUAUUUUAAAAACUCUAACACCGCACAGAGGCAUGAAUUAAUUAUGUAAUAUAAAAUACAAGCUUUGUUAUUGAUUUGUAAAUAAAAUUUCAACUGAUAA